AUGAAACAUCCUGGGGUGAGCUUGAUUAUACUGACAAUUUUAUCAACUGCAGCUCCUGGAUGUGUAACUGGAAGAGAUUUUCCACAGCUGAGACAUAUUAAAGCCCGGGCUUCACCAGCAGCACAGGCUGAGGCUGCACAAGAGUUAAUUGUCCGAUUAAUUGGAGCUCGAGCGUCUUUGUUUACUGUGAAGGUUAAUGAGAGCAUCGGACCUGUAGAUUGUGAUACUUUUGAGCUGAGCUCUGCUGCUAAUGGACAUAUCCAGAUUACUGGAACCACGGGUGUUGCUGUAGCCAUGGGUUUCUACUAUUACCUCAAGUACUUCUGCAGUGGACAACGGACCUGGGCAGGACAGCAGACACAGUUGCCGGAAAUCCUGCCUGUUAUCAACAGUCCAAUGAAAAUCACUACAAAUGACAAGUUCCGCUACUACCAGAAUGUCUGUUCCCAGAGUUACACAAUGGCUUUCUGGAACUGGACACGAUGGGAGCAGGAAAUUGAUUGGAUGGCUUUGCACGGAAUUAAUUUACCACUUGCAUUUGUUGGUCAGGAAGCCAUCUUUCAGAAGGUGUUCUUAACCCUGGGUUUGACACAAGCAGACUUGGAUGAAUAUUUUACAGGGCCAGCAUUUUUAGCUUGGGCACGGAUGGGUAAUAUUGAGCACUGGGGAGGUCCGUUGCCUCAGACAUGGAUUGCUAAUAAAAUGUUGCUCCAGCAGAAGAUACUCAAUCGCAUGCGCUCUCUGGGUAUGAUUCCAGUGCUACCUGCUUUUUCUGGGCAUGUACCAAGGGCUCUUACUAGAGUUUUCCCUGAUGCCAAUGUCACACGUUUGCCAGCUUGGAAUACAUUUAACACAACAUAUUCAGGAACUUAUCUCCUAGAAUUUCAGGAUCCAUUGUUCAUUGGGAUUGGACAGUUAUUUAUUGAAAUUAUGACAGAAGAGUUUGGGACAGAUCAUGUCUAUAACUGUGACACUUUCAAUGAAAUGAAUCCUGUAUCCAAUGACCCAUCAUAUAUAAGUGCUGCUGGAAAAGCAGUUUUUGAAGGCAUGCUGGCUGGUGAUCCACAAUCAGUUUGGUUGAUGCAGGGUUGGCUUUUUGAGGACUAUCUGUUCUGGCAACCCACUCAAGUCAAAGCAUUAGUAACAUCAGUACCUCUGGGUCGUAUGAUCAUUCUUGAUCUGUGUGCUGAAACCCUUCCAGUUUAUCAGAGAGUCCAAUCAUAUUAUGGUCAGCCUUUUAUUUGGUGCAUGCUUCAUAACUUUGGAGGCACAAUGGAACUGUAUGGAGCUGUGGACAACAUCAACAAGGGACCAUUCAUUGCACGAGCAUUCCCCAACUCUACAAUGAUUGGAAUAGGUCUGGCACCAGAGGGAAUCCAUCAGAACGAGGUCAUUUAUGAGUUUAUGACCGAGAACGCCUGGAGAACGGCACCCAGAGAUGUUCAACAGUGGGUUGUGUCAUUUGCCCAGCAGAGGUAUGGAGUCAAUAAUACUGCAUUAAAUACCGCAUGGCAACUUUUGAUGAAGAAUGUCUACAACUGCACUGACAAUCAUCUAGACAUAGAUUAUGUAAUUUUAACAAGAAGACCUUGGCCACAUUACAGCCCAGAGAUAUGGUAUAAUCCAGAAGAGUUGUUUGCAGCUUGGGGUGGCUUUAUUAAUGCCUCACUGCAGGUGGUAGAAACUCCCCUUCUUCAGGUCAUUGCUAAUGCCGUCUAUGCCUCUAUAAUAAAUGCAUUCAACAAUAAAAACAUCACUGCAUUGCAACAAGCUGGACAGAAUCUGACGAGUCUUCUGAAUGACAUGGAAAUCUUGUUGGCUUCAAGUGAACGUUUCUUGGUAGGCCACUGGAUUGCAGAAGCCAAAUCUUGGAGCAACUCCACAAAUGAAACACUGCUUUAUGAGUACAAUGCACGAAAUCAGAUUACACUCUGGGGACCAAAUGGAGAGAUUCAUGAUUAUGCUUCCAAACAGUGGUCUGGAGUGACAGCAGAUUACUACAUUCCAAGAUGGCAGUUCUUUAUUCAGUGGCUUAAACAGUUGAUCCAAAAUGGCAGCAAAUGGGAUGACAAUUUGUUUGGGGAACAUGUGAUGCAGAAAGUAGAAGCACCUUGGACACUUCAGACCAAAGUCUAUCCAACAGAAGCCUUAGGUAGUACAAUUCAGAUAGCUACCUACUUUUAUGAAAAAUAUAAACCAGCUAUUCAAGACCCAGUUAACAAAGCUGUAUGGGAGGCCAGCAGCAAGAAACUCGACAAUCUGCAACACCUAAAUGCCAAAACAAUUGACAAGCUACAACACCCUUAUUCUAGCAGACUGCCUUUAUUUUACAGAAAACAGCAAGGAAGAAAAUUGUAUUAA